UAACACUGCCAAGUGUACAGUCGUCUCGUCUCGUCGAAAAACUCGGAACGGAACGGAGUUUGUUUUGCGAUAAGAACGCGGCAAAAGAAAAGGGCAGAGUAAACAAUUGAUACAUCCGAUUUUGGCCGGAUUGGCAAUCAGAAUCCGAAUAGAGAAUUGAAAAACAGGACGCAACAUGGUCAAGCUGGGCAAAAAGAAGGUAGUCGAGGAACUAAGUCGCAAGAAGCGCGAAUCGGCGGAUACCAAGCGGAAGAAUGGUACCGCCCCAGAAAGCGAGAACGAGGACAAGGAUCGGCCUGGCUCCAAUGGGGACACCGGCUCAUCUGCCUCCCAAUCUACAGCCGGAUCGUCGAAGAAGACGUUGCCAAAACGCAAGUCCCGGGCGGCAGUGCGCUCGGCAUCCGAAGACAGCGAUGACCAACCCCUUAACAAUGGCAACAAGGUGUCCAGCGCUGCCGCUGCAGCCACUACUACCGCCGCCGCCACCACUUCUGCCACUGCCUCUGCUGCUGGUGGUUCAUCUUCACCCAAGAAGCGAAAGAUGAGCCGGUCCAAGGCGACUCCCGCUCCUGCCGCAAAAAAUGGCAAGAAACAAGAAGCACCAGAAGUACCGGCAAAAGAGGCGGAGCCGGUAAAAAGCGACGAAGAACCGGAAUAUGAGGUGGAGGCGAUCGUCGGCAAAAAGACGGUUAAGGGUGCUACACACUUCCUAGUGCGCUGGAAGGGUUAUACCAAGGACGAGGACACUUGGAUGCCGGAGGCAGAUCUUCACUGCGACUUGUUAAUUGAAAAAUUCAAAGCUGAGCAGGAACCUAAGUCGGCCAAAGGUAAGGCACCAAAGCCGGCCAAGAAAGUUGGAGGACGAGGUCGUGCACCUGCAGGCACAAAGAAAACAGCUCCACCUGCUGAUCCUGAAAAAGAGUGGGUUGUGGAGCGAAUAAUUGAUUUUGUGGAGGAAAGUGGUGGUCUAUAUCGAAUCAGAUGGAAGGGCUUCGGUGCCAAGGACGACACAUGGGAGCCGGAGUCAAAUCUAUCCUGCGAGGGCUUAAUUGAAAAGUUCAAGCGCGAUCUGAUCACACAGAAGAACGUAGAUAUUAAAGAGCUGCGCGAGUCGCCAAAGAAGACAAAGCGACUCGUUAACGAAUGUUACCCAAGGACAAAUAUACACAAUCGUAUAGAACGCUCCUCCAAGCGGGCUGCCGCCAAGAACCGGUGCGUUUAAUAUCUCUAUAUACAAAAAAAUAAGCGUCUUUUACGGCGAGGACUGAGGACGGGCAACAGCCGCGCCCCCACAAAAUGCUUGUCGGCGGAGGCGGCCCAUAUAAAAUUGUAGUACUCUUCCUUUUUUUUUUCGAUGUUUCGGUUUAAGGAUAAUUUGCGGCGGUGUACAUGGAGGGGAAGAUGGAGGACAAAGAAGUCAUGAAAUCGUUGGAAGCACGGUUGGGAAAAUCUUCGCCCCCGGAAUCCUGGCGAUCAGCAGCUGAUACACAAUCCACUCCAUGCCAUGUAACACAUUACAACCAUAUUAAAAUAAAGAUUUAUCUAGCAACUAAGUGAGGUCUGGCGCUUGAUUGCAGUACAUUAUGUAUGUAGUAUUAUAUCUGGUUGUGCUGCAAUCAACCAGCUUAGUAUGUAAGCAAUAUAAACCUAGAUCUAAAAUACCUAUAAUAACUUUCACCCAUAAGGUGAACUUUAGCAAUUUUUUAACCUUAGUUUUUGUCUUUUGGGUAAAUGACUUAUUUUGCCACAGCUGCAAAUAGCCUAGUACCAACUACUCUUUCCAUUCGUCUCCAUUCGUAAUAUGUAUGCAAUAGUUUAUACAAAGUAAUUAUGUCGCAUAACAAUUAGCAAGGGGCACAAAUGCCUCCAAUAUGAUGAAAUCUAAUAAAUAAAUGUAAACCAUGUCAAAAUUCAA